GUGACAGCAAAGUAUAGUGUUGGGGGACGCUCUUGUGAAUGCAGCUUGUAUGCAAGUUGAAGAAUAUAGAACAUCAGCAGCUUUAGAGUCGAAAAGACUGAGGGUGAUCAAAAACAGCAUUGAAUGUGGUGCCGUGGUUUAGCACUUGUUACGAACGAAUGGUAAAAUCCUGCCAUUCAGCCUCUGUUGCUGCUUUGGAGCUCCCUAUGAUUAGUUUUUAAAUUUCAGUUUCCUUCCCAAGACUGGCACUCAGAUAGGCACAUGAAGCCAGGUGUCUGAAGGCAGCAACAGAUGUUUGAAGCACAAGUUUGUACAGAAAGCAUGCAGUAAGGAUCUACGUUUUUUCAAGCAAAAAAUUUUGAGUUCCACGAUGGCUAACACCGCCAUGCAACUGGUAGCCUUGAUCGUGUGCAUAAUCGGCAUGAUUGGGACAUUGUCUGCUACUAUUAUGCCACAGUGGAGUAUCACAGCUCACAUUGGAUCAAAUGUUAUAACUGCUAUUGUCUACAUGAAAGGGUUGUGGUGGACGUGCGCCAUGUUCAGCACUGGCGUCUUUCAGUGUGAGACCUACAACUCCGUCCUGGAACUUCCAACAGAUCUUCAGGCUGCUCGAGCUAUGAUGGUCAUCUCCGUUGCUCUCUCGUUGCUUUCUAUAACAAUUUCCGUGGUUGGCAUGAAAUGCACUGUGUGUGCCAGAGAUUCUCCAAUAAAGGACAAGAUUGCUGGAACUGGAGGAGUCUUAUUUAUCAUAGCUGGAAUAAUGGGCUUGAUACCUGUAGCAUGGACAAUGAAUGGAGUGAUACUGAAUUUCCACAACCCCUUAAUUCCAGGUGACCUCAAGUUUGAAAUUGGUGAGUCCUUGUACCUUGGGGUCGUUGCCGCCGGUCUCACCAUCAUUGGAGGAGUCAUGCUGUCCCUGUCAUUUAUAGGUAGGAAAUCCGAGCGCUACAGUAGACGACCAAUGUCCUACCAGAAUCCUGCAACAAACCCUACCGGUCCUGCACCAUCAGCUGCAUCUCUUCACUCAAAAACAGCAAAAUCAGAAUUCAACUCUUACAACAUGACUGGCAUAAGAAAAAAAGCUUCAAGAUAUUAACUUCAGAACAUUUUAAAAUGGAGUCAAAUUCUGUUAAAACUUCAUAAACUGCGAGUUACUCUGUUAUUAUUGAUUUGAGUUUCUCAAGUCUGUUGAAUAUGAAAUUAAUGUACUUUGUAGUUUUUUAAAAUUCUCUCACUUCUUGACAAUUUUCUUAAGAUUAUAAAUUUACAGAAAUGUAAAAUGUCAUUGGUAAUUAGCAAUUGUAAUCAACAUUUACUGGGAGUAAUAAAAUAUUCUGAUCAUGGC